UAAAACAACCCCAACCCUACUAACCCUAACUCCCUCCAACUCUCCAACGGCGCAGCACACACUCCCUCUCUCGUCCCUCCCAUCACCCUCGAGCUGGCCGUUCCUCUCAACACCGGCGAGCUUAAUCCCUCCCUUUCGUUCAGCCGCCGGACUGCUCCUGACGCCGUCGCCGGUUGGAGCUUCGAAGCUCACUCGGUCCCUCACUCACCUAACGUCUCAGACUCUCAGCAGUGGAAGCAAAGUCGCCGGGCUCGCCUCCUGCCUCCGUCGCGUAGCUCUGUUCCACCGUCGCUGGCGCCAUCUCUGUUCCUCCGUCGCAAGCUCUGCUCCUCCGUCGCAAGCUCUGUUCCUGCCAUCGUUGCCAGUUCUGUUCAUGCCUCCGUCGCUAGCUCUGUUCUUCUAGGCAUUUUACUAUUUUUUUAACAAUAAUUGUUGAAUAAUUAUUGUUGAAUAAUCUCUGAACUUGUUAUGGCCUUAUGGGUUGAAUAAUUGUUAAUUAAUCUAUGAAUUCCUAGGUUGAAUAAUAGGUUGAAUAAUGGUUGAAUAUUGUUAAUUAAUAAUUUUUAAUUUGUGAUUUACUGAUUUUUUAUUUUUCUUCAAUUAUUGUUGUCUGUGGUUUAGGAUUGAUAAUUUGUAGUUCUAUUGUCUUUAAUUUCUAUUUUGAAUUUCAGUUUUUACAGUGAUUGACUGAUGCUGUUUGAUUCUGUUAUGGUUCUGCUUUUGUCUUUCGUUGUUAAUUUUUUUUGUUGUAUACCUGUUGCUGUCCUUGAGAGUUGAGAACUUGAGAUUAUUGAGUUGUUGUAUUUGGAUAUUUGGAUACUGUAAAGUGCAUUUGCACAUAUUCCAGAUGAAUUAGAAGAGAAGCUGGUGAAUAAGGUUUUAAAUUGUGAAAUCAUGUGUUGUUGAAAGAUGAUAAUAAUGAAUAAGUUUGAUUUUCGCGAUUUAAUCUUUCUCAGCCGCUCAUCGUCUUGCUCCAUUGUCUAGUGCUUUGUUUCCUUGCUCGUGUUAAGAUCUUCACUACCUGUACAGCUUGUGUGUUGGAGCUUACUGGUGUUAUCUUGAUCUUCCUCCAAUAGUUCAUGGUCCUUAAUAACAAUAUUGCUUUCUUCUGGCACCUCCGAUGGGUAUAGGAUGCAUCCAGAGAUAUGCAAAUCCUCUUCAGUCUUCUACAAAAUUUUUCAAGCUUAACCACUGAAAACAAAACACUGCCACUGAUUCAUUCAAUCGUCAAAUUUUUUCUUUUUUCUCAUUUCUGAAUUCUACGAUGCAAAGGGUAUCUUCAACAAUCUCAAGGACCAUAGCUUCUUUGUCCAAGGCCAGAAGCCCGUUUCUGCUUAAAUGCCCUUUCUUUGCAGCAACUACCCAGAAAUCGCAGCAGCCGGAGAUUCCGGGAGAUUUCCGGAAAUGGGGUUCGGCUGGGUUUUGCAGGACGUCAAAGUUCGCCAGUGGGUUCACUCCUUUGCAGCCAAAGCCCUUGGAUUCCAUUGUAGAUGUUGAAAGAUUGCAGGACCGCUACCCUGAUGAUAUUGCUUCUAUUUGGGAUGAUUAUCACUUGGGAAGAGGUCAUAUUGGAGCAUCCAUGAAAGCAAAACUUUAUAACCUGCUGGAGCAUAGAGCUUUAGAAUGCCGAUAUUUUGUCAUUCCUGUGUGGAGAGGAAGCGGUUAUACGACAAUGUUUGUUCAAGUGCAGAUGCCACACAUUCUUUUUACGGGUCUUGAAGAUUACAAGGCCAGGGGAACACAAGCAGCCCCCUAUUUUACUGUGACCUUUUACAAAGAAUUUGCUGAGACCAAGGACUUGGUGCUUAUCCGUGGGGAUGUUGUGUUUACCAGCAAGCUGACCGACUCUGAGGCGGAAUGGCUAAUAGAAACUGUUCAGUCUUUCUAUUUGAAUGAUGUGAGGUACAAACUGGUUGAGAGAUUCAACAAAGAAACACAUGAUUUUGAGUUUAAGGAUGUCUUGCAAGCGUUGAACAUGCCGAUUCUGUGACCACUUUUAAUUGGACAAAUACUAAAUUGCUGCAACAAGCAAAGAAGAAGGGUUGAUUGGAGUUAGGACAUUGAAGUUGCAAAUGAACCUGUUUAUCGAGAUGUCUGUCUGCAGCCUAUGCCCUAUGGCGAAGGAAGAUACAAAAUGGAAAUGACUCAUGGCAAGGUUAGAGGAGAUAUUUCUUCAUUUUUUAUUUGUUAAAAUCUUGCAUUCAAAUACUUUUAUGUGUUUUAUACCAAUUAUAUAUAUAAUGAAGGAUGUGUGAAACUAGAAAAACAUCAAUAUUAUUUAUGAACAUUGAUCUAUUUUCUUGAUUGUUAAUUCUACAAAUAACAUUUAAGAAAAUACAAUAUGAAUAGCAAG